AUGGCAGAGUUGAUCGAGAAUAAAAAUUGGUCAGCCGAAGAAAAUCAGAAUUUGCAAUCCAUAAUAAUCUAAAUGAAUUUGAACUAAAACUAAAGAUCACUUUUAAAUGAAUAAAUUCAAAGAUUUUAGAAUUCAGAAAAAGUCAUAUAUUUACUUCUGGAACACUUUAAUAAUUGGGAUAAAUUUCAAGAGUGCUUGAUUAAAGAGAUGUCUCAAACUAUUGAAAUUGAAAAAGAUUGGCCCCAUUAAGAAUUAUUAAAUUUACAUUAGAGAUUAUCUUAAUAAAUUUAAAGUGAAGAGGAAAUUAAUGAAAUUAUUUAAUUUGUUUAAUUAAAUAAAAUAAAUGUAAAAAUUGUAGAGGAGGCUACAAAAUUUGAGUUUAAAACAGCUAACUAAUUUAUGUAAUUAGUAGGUAUUAUUUUUGAAUAAAGCUUAAUUAAAGAUAAAUAAGAGCUAAUCAUUACUUAACCCAAUACCGAACAAGAUCAAACAUCAUAUGAGUAGACAAUAAAGGAUCUCUUUUAAGAAUUUAAUUCAAUUAAUUAAAGAUCUAAUGAAGAAUUAUAAAAUUUACUUUAAUAAGUAUAUUAAUUGCUUAAUAACAAACAAGAAUUAGAUUUAAACUUUGAUAAUUUUACAAGCUCCCCAGAAUUACAGUAUGAAGAUCUAAUAUUUUUGUGUUUAAAAAUAAAAGAACACUUUUCAUAUUAUCCAAGACCAGUCUAAUUAUUGUCAGUAAUAGAGUUAUACAAUCACAAUCCUAAUUAAGGACGAUUGGCUUAAAUUUUUACUGGGGAAGGAAAAACUCUAAUCAUAGCUAUGCUUGCAAUUCUGUUGAGUUAAAAGAAAAAUUCUAAUGUUGAUGUAGUAACUAGCUCUCCUGUUUUGGCAACUAGAGAUGCCGAAUAAUUGGAAGAAUUUUAUAAAAAAUUUUAAGUUUCUGUAUCUCAUAAUAUUGGUGGAUCAAAGAAAGUUCCAUAAGGAAUGCUACCAUGUUAUAAUUCCAAAGUAAUUUAUGGAGAUCCUCAUAGUUUUUAAGCUGAUAUUUUAAGACAUGAAUAUUCAGAAAGAGGAACUAUGGGUGAUAGAAAAAAAGAAUAUAUUAUUGUUGAUGAAGUUGAUUCUAUGCUUAUUGAUGGAAAUAGUAAUAAGACAUUAUUAAGUUCUCCUGUGCCAGGAAUGCUUGAUUUAAAUAAAGUACUCAGAUUAAUCUGGGAUGAAAUAUGUAAGACAGAACAAAACUUAUCAACAGAAUAAAAAGUUAUGAUUAUUGAUGAUGAAAAUUAUUAUAGUGUUGAUUUGAAAGAAUAUAUAGAAUCUACUUUGAAUAUCUAGUUAAAAAAUGUAUUAAACUAAUUUAUCCCAAAAUACAGAUUAAACUAUAUAGAGUUUAUGAAGAAAACUUGGAUUGAAAAUGCCAUUCAUGCAAAAUAUAAUCUCCAUUAAGAUUACCAUUACAAAAUAGAAAAUAACAAUGUUAGAAUAAUUGAUUAUUAGAACACAGGAGUUAUUCAUGGAAAUAAUAUGAUAUGGGAAAAAGGAUUACAUCAAUUUGUAUAAUUAAAGCAUAAUCUUCCAAUUAGUCCAUUAUCAAUUAACACAAAUUAUAUAUCGAAUGUUACUUUUUUUAAAAGAUACUAGAAUAAAAUUUUAGGGUUGACAGGUACAUUAGGUUCAUAGGUUACAUAAAAUCUAUUGGCAAAGUAGUACAAUGUAGACUUUGUUUUCAUGCCUCCUUACAAAAAGAGACAAUUAAAAGAAGAGCUAGGAUAAGCAGCCCCAAAUGAAAAUGAAUGGAAAGAUGCUAUUCUAUAGGCUGUUUAAAAAUAAAUGAACAAAAAGAGAGCAGUUCUUAUUAUUAAUCGGACAAUUUAAGACGUCAAUAAUAUUUAAUAACAUCUACAAAAAAAUAAUCUAAAAUCUGUAGUUUAUUAUGAUGACAGCUAAAAAAUAGAUCAUGAGAUAAAGCCUAAUUCUCUUAUAAUUGCUACUAAUUUGGCUGGAAGAGGAACAGAUCUUAUUACGAACUAAGAGUUAGAAAAUAAUGGAGGUCUGCAUGUGAUAAUGUCAUUUUUACCUAGAAAUAUUAGAAUUCAACAAUAAGGUUUUGGUAGAACAGGUAGGCAAGGUAAAAAAGGUACUGCUUAACUUAUAGUUAAUUUGGAGGAAAAUCUUUAUAUUGGUUAAUUAUAAUUAGAUACUAUUGAAGAUGUUAUUGCUUUUUAUGUUUAAUAAGUUAAUUCAGCCUAUACAAAAUUAGAUCUCCUUGUAUAUUUAAGAAAUUUUAAUGAACAAUUUUACUCAGAUGAAAUAGAAUUGGAUAUGAAAAGAUUAGAAAAUGAGGAUAGAUGCUUUGAAAAGUUUUGCGAAAUUGCAAAAGGCAUGGUUAGUUUCAAGGACAAUUAUGCAGCUUUCUAAGCUUUGGAAGAAAAAUGGGGCCUUUAUUUGGAAUAACAUCAAGAGACUGGAUUAAAUGAAAAUGAAAUUGAGAAAAUGUUGAAAGAAAAUGAUGUCGAAAAUCCAAAGUAUUUGAUUUUACAAGGAUUGGAAAAAGAAAAUCUUAAUAUGUUUAAGAAGGCUAUUCAAAUUUAAGAUAACGAUCCUUCUGCAUAUUAUUAUAAAGGAUUAUAUGAAAUAAAACAGUAAGAAUUUAAAAAAGGAAUGGAAUCAUUAUUGAAAGCAAAAUAACUAUUUCAAAAUAAAAUUGAUGAUGAAUAAGGAUUUUAAACAACAUUUGAUUUAAAUAGAUUAUAUAUAGAAUAAUUUUCAAAAGAUCUUAAAGAAAAUUAACAAUUUUAGAAAGAAAAAUAAAAUUAAAUGUUGCCAUAACUUGAUUUUGAUAAUAAUCCUUUUUCAUAAUACUCAUAUCCAGAUUAAAAAUAAUAGAAACCUCAAUAGAUUAACUAAGAAGACUCUCAUCAACAUAAUCAUAUACCUAAUCAACAUAAUCAUAUACCUAAUCAACAUAACCAUAUACCUAAUCAACGUAAUCAUAUUCCUAAUAAACGUAAUGAUACUUUUGAUGAUCAAAAUAUAAAAGAAGAAAAUGAAAAUAAUAAAAAGAAAUAAAAUAAUAGAGAUUCAAAAACCAAGAAUCAUAUUGAAGUUUACAAAAGACUUAUUAAAAAUAUUAAUGAGACUUUAAAUACAUUAAAACAAUUUGAUCAGGAAUAAGAAAUUAUUAAUGUAAUUUGGACCCCUACUCAUCACAAUAAAUAAAAGAAAGAAGGUGAUGAUAAGGAUCCAUCUGAUGAAAAGAAUUCAUCUAAAGAUAAAGAAGAAGUGAUUAUUGAUGGACCAUUACCUAAGCUAGGAAAAGUUAUAAAAAGAAAAAAAGAAAAAAAGAAAAAAAAGUGGUGGCAAUAUCUAGCCAUGUUUGUAAUUGGAGCAGUUCAGUUUGUUUUUGGAUGUGCAAUGAGCGCAAUAUCUUGUGGAGCUGCGAUACCUAUAGCAAAAAGUUUUAUAACUGGAGGAAUUUCAGAUAUGGUCUAUUCUGUCACAGCAGCUUGGAAAGGAUUAGAUAUUGAUUGGGGAGCUUGGGGAAAAAACAAAAUGAUUAAUGUUGCUUCAGCAUUAAUAUUAGCAGGACCUUCUGGAAUUAAGGAAGCUCUCUAAAUAGGAGGCAAAGGGUUUUAAUCAAUAAAAUAAAUUGACAUUACUGAAUUUUUGAAAUAAAUCCCAGCUGUAACAGUGGAUGGAUUAAAAAAAGCAGGUUUUUGGUUAAGUGAUUUAGAUAAAGUAAAUAUCUAAAAUUAGCAUCAAACUUUAUAAAUGAUAUAAUAAACUGCUUUAUAAACAUAGAAUAAUAAUCAAAUAUUAAAUUUAGCAACCGAAGUUUUAGGAGAUUAAGUCAGAAAUGGAGCUAUAUCUGAAAGUACAGCAUCUAAUCUGUACGAUUUAGUUAAUUAAUGUUUUUAAUAAUCUAAAGGAACAGUUAAUGGUUUUCGAAAUAGUUUUUGCGAAUUAGCAAAAAAAUAUUUAAGAUUAUAGAUAGCUAAAAGUAAAAGUAGCAAAUCAGAAAAAAAUUUAAAAAAAGAAGUAGAAGAAAUUUGUUAGACUCAAGGAAAUAAAAAAUUUGAUGGAAUACAAAGCAAAAUUCAUUAAUAUUAAUAAUAUGAAAAAUAACUAAAUAAUGAAAUUUAGAAAUUUUCUGAAAUUUUCAAAAUAAUUUAUUUGAAAGACAGUGAACUUUAAAAAAAAAUAGUAACAUUAGAUUUGUAUUUUGAAAAAUUUUGCAAUCCCAAGUAAGUGGAGAAAGAGAUUAACAAUACCAAUAUUUAAAAAUAUUUAAAUUCAACCUUCGAUAUAAAUGAUAAAGAUAUUUAGGAUGAAUGUAAUAAUGUAAAAAUAUCAGAUUAAUAAUCAAUGAAUAAAUUUUAUUAGAAAGUAAUCAGACCAAAACUCAUGGAAAUAUGCAAUAAAUUAGGAGAUGAAUAAAAAAUUUUUAGAGUGGAACCAAUAGAAAUAAUUUUUGAGAACCAGUACAAAGACCAUUUCAAUAAUCAUAUAGAGAUAUUUAAGUUACAAACAAGCAAAAUUCAGAAUGCGAGUCAAUAUUAAAUAGAAUAAAUUGAAUAAUAAUGCGAAGAGUUAAAAUAAAUAGCUAAUUUUGAACCAAAAUUAUUGGUGAAAAAUGCUAUUAACCAUAUGAAAAAUGAAUAAAUGAUUAAUAAUGAUGGAAUCACCGUUUCAAAUCAAUUUAUGAAUAAGUUUAAUAAUUACUUGAUCUAAGAAAAAUAUCUUAAUAAGAUGAUUUAGAUUAUGGAAUAAGCUAUGAAUAGCAGUCUUUAGGAAUUAGAAAAUUUGAAAUAAAACUCUCAGGAAAAACUAUUUGCAAAAGCUUUAAUUCAAGCUGUAGAAAUAGAAAUGAUUGAUGAAAUAGAGAAAUAAAUCUUUAAAUAAAAAAUAAAGAAAUACGAUAAAUUGUUAUCAAGUCAAUUAUGA